AUGCUACUUCUGUACCUUAUUAUUGAACUAGCAGUCGCUACUUUAGCCGAUCCGUUUCACAAGUAUCCCUACGUGUUCCUACUCGAUGUUGGGAAUGAAGAAAUUGAAAAAACGCAUACAGAACAAAUAAGAUUAACGAUUCCGGGCGGUUCGUUAGCUUUAAAAUACCCCGCGACAGGUGAUGGGGAUACGAUCGGACAUGUCAGGGUAAGCGGUAUCGAUUUCGGAACAGAUCUCAAAGCGAAUAUUGUCCAAGGCGGUCCUGGGUACAAAUACGUUGUUCUAGUAUUUAUGGGUAACCCGGGAGUGUCAUACGAUGCGGUUGUGACCAUACAAACUGUACCAAAUAUUGAUGAUUCUAAUCAAAUAAUAUCCAACAUGGAUUCAAGUGAAACAAAUCAAGAAUUAGACGAUGAUAAUCAAAAUAAUAGCGCUGAAGAUACAUCAGAUACUGAAACAAAACUCGUGUACAGUGAAAAUAAAAACGCGCAAAAAAUGCAAUCGAGUUCAAAUAUAUACGAAUAUGUCAGCAACGAAGUAGUUGACACACAAAAUAGUGAAGAUGAUGAUGACAAUCAAAAUACAUCAGGCGAUGAAUCAAAAGAUAUAGAAGAUGAAAUGCAAGACACUAAAAGUGACGACAAUAGUGACGAUAGAAAUGAAAACGUUGAUUCAAAUGAAGAUUAUGAUGCAGAUGAAAGCAAAAAUGGUAAUGAUCACGUGUAUAGUCUGAAUGAUAAUCGUUAUGGUAAAUAUGAAGCUUUUAGGCCUCUUAUAAUUGGUGGUGUAAGAUUCUAUCCUCAAGCAGCUGUAUACAUGCAGGGUGGAUACAGCAAACCGACUUAUGAUCAAGAGAGUCAUAAUAACGAGGAUGGGGAUGAUGAUAACGAAAUUGAUGAUAAAGAUACUAAUAAUAAUGAUGAUGCAGACUACGGAUCACCUGUUGAUUAUUAA